AUGGAACGAAUCAGGAAGCUUCUUGCGGGCCUCCUAGUAGACCCGGACAGUUUCCUCAAACUGAAGAACCAAAUGUCGAUAUGGGAUAGGAAUAUGCCGCAUUUGCGGUGUAUUUCUUUGUUGGGUCAAGGACAACAAGGGAUGAUGAAAAGGCCGCUCCGCUGGUUCCGAAAGCAUAGGAAAUGGAGUAGUGAGAAGCAGAGGCAGCCGACGUUUGUAAUUGCACUGUCAUGGGUUGUUGUUUCUUCUAAUACACAUGCACAGACACGUGAGGGCAACUUUGUAUCGGUGAAGGAGAGUGAACACUGGAGAUGUAUUUGUAGCGACUGA